AUGGAGAUAAGCAUGACCCAUCCCACGCAUGAAUGGUUCGAAGAGUUAAACCUCCGUUGGUACGCAUUACCAGCGGUGUCAGGCAUGCGUUUCGACUGUGGAGGUAUCGAAUUCACUGCUAAUGCUUUCAAUGGCUGGUACAUGAGCACUGAAAUCGGCUGCCGCAACUUCUGCGACAAUAACCGUCUUAAUAUGUUAGAGAAAAUAGCUCAAAAGAUGGGUCUGGAUACAAGAACUCCCAUUACCCUUUGGAAGGAUAAGGCUCUAGUGGAGUGCAAUGUGGCUGUUCUACACAGUUUCCAACAACACAAUGCUACUAUAGUGGAUCACCACACUGCUUCUGAGAGCUUUGUAAAGCAUCUUGACAAUGAAAAUAGAUUGAGGUCGGGCUGCCCAGCAGACUGGAUUUGGAUUGUUCCUCCAAUGUCAUCAUCUGUUACUCCAGUUUUCCAUCAAGAAAUGGCGCUAUAUUACCUAAGACCUUCUUAUGAAUAUCAGGAACCCGCUUGGAAGACUCACCAGUGGCAGAAAUUGAAACCGAUAAGUGGCAAGAAACCCAUUAAUAGGAAGUUUCAUUUCAAGCAAAUAGCACGCGCUGUCAAAUUUACAUCUAAGCUAUUUGGACGCGCCCUUUCCAAGCGGAUAAAAGCGACCGUCUUGUAUGCAACCGAGACUGGUAAAUCUGAGCAAUAUGCUAAGGAACUCGGGGUUAUUUUCGGACAUGCAUUUAACGCUCAAGUCCACUGUAUGGCUGAUUAUGAUAUAACAUCUAUAGAACACGAAGCACUUCUUCUAGUGGUAACCUCAACUUUCGGAAAUGGUGACCCACCAGAGAACGGUGUCGCCUUUGGAGAACAUCUCUGCGAAUUACUAUAUGCCGAUCAGGUCGAAGAAAAUUCUGGUAAUCAAAUGUUGACACCCAAAUCUUUCAUAAAGGCCAAUAGUCAAAUAGAAUUGCAAAGAUAUGCUUCAAGUAAUCCAAGAAAAUUGAAUAGAUUGGAAUCGUUGAAAGGUAGCACAACUGACGCCACAUCUAUAGACAGUUUUGGUCCCCUGAGCAAUGUCCGUUUCGCGGUAUUCGCUCUGGGCUCAAGUGCAUAUCCAAACUUUUGUAACUUCGGCAAGUACGUAGACAAGUUGCUUGUUGACCUUGGAGGGGAACGAAUUCACGACCUUGCGACCGGUGACGAGAUGUGCGGUCAAGAUCAGGCCUUCCGGAAGUGGGCCUCUAGCGUCUUUAACGUUUCGUGUGAAACAUUCUGCUUGGACGAUGAUGAAACUUUACAAGAAGCUAAGAGAGCCCUAGGCACAGUAGCUCUUAGUGAGGAAACAGUACGUUUUACGAACCCAACGUGUCGCCCUCCGGCGUUGCAAAGCGCCUUGCAGUCAGCUCUUAAUAAAAAAUUUGUGAAUUGUCUUGUAAAAGCUAACAAAGAUUUAGGAGACGAAUCUGCCGAGAGGUCCACCAUAUUCAUUGAUUUAGAGCCGAAGGAGGAGAUCAAGUACGACCCUGGUGAUCACGUUGGCAUAAUUGCUUGCAAUCGUAAAGAGCUAGUUGACAGCAUAUUGUCCCGUGUAAAAGACGUUGAUAACUUUGACGAACCUUUACAACUACAAUUUAUGAAAGAAACACAUACUUCGAGCGGUCCAGUAAAAACUUGGGAGCCUCAUGAAAGACUUCCAGUUGUGAGCGUUCGAGAUCUAUUUACAAGAUUUUUGGAUAUUACAACACCACCAACGAUAAUUCUGCUUCAGUAUUUAGCUACAACUUGUGAAAAUGAAGAAGAGGCCAAACAGCUUAACACACUUGCAACUGAUCCGGGAGCGUACGAGGAUUGGCGUCAUUAUUACUUCCCAACUGUCGCUGAAUUCACAUACAAAACACAAGAUGGUGAAGGACCUGUUCACUAUGGAGUUUGCUCGAAUUAUCUUAUGGAUCGUAAACCUGGGGAUGAGGUUUAUCUGUUCAUCAGAAGUGCUCCAAACUUCCAUCUCCCUCAAGACUUGUCAGUUCCCCUAAUUCUAAUUGGACCUGGAACUGGUAUUGCGCCUUUCCGUGGAUUCUGGCAUCAUCGUCGAGCUCAACUUAACUCUCGUACGCGUUCCAAUGCUGGUCCGGUGUGGCUAUUCUUUGGGUGUCGAACAAAGAACAUGGACUUGUACAACGAAGAAAAAGAACAGGCGCUCAAAGAAGGAGUUCUCUCUAAAGUUUUUCUUGCGUUGUCUCGAGAGAAUAACGUCCCAAAAAUGUACGUUCAAGAAUUAGCGGAGAAGGAAGGACUUGAAAUUCAUGACUUAUUAGUGAACCGAGGAGCACAUUUCUAUGUUUGUGGAGACUGUAAAAUGGCUGAAGACGUUCAUCAGAAGCUUAAAGGAAUUAUAAAGAAACACGGCAAUAUGGCCGAUGAACAAGUACAAAACUUUAUGUACAUGCUAAAGGAGGAAAAUCGAUAUCAUGAAGACAUCUUCGGCAUCACACUGCGCACUGCCGAAGUCCAUUCUGCUUCCCGGGAAUCAGCUCGUAGAAACCGUGUAGCUGCGCAACCUUGA